CUUUCCAAUACUGACUUGACAGCUCCAUAAUCUCGUCCAAUCAACAUCACACAGCCAUCCUGUCACAAUGAACAAGCCAAAGCUCGCCUUCGGGCUCAACCUGACAAAAAAGCCCGGCGCAUCCAAGCCGAUGCCUUCCAGAUCCAAGCCAAUGUUCAGCAGCCACGACGAUGACUCGGACGACGAGGGAGCUGCCCAAGAAGCCAAGGUGGAAGAGAUUGGAGGCGAACUGGACGACAUCACAUCUGCACCACCACCACCACCAUCAUUCGAAUCUACGGCGGGACACCGACCAAAGAAGGGCGUCAUCAGCGAACCCCCAAAGCUCAAAGCGAAAGCCCCGACAAGCACAAUGUUCGGCGACCUCUCCAGCACGCUCUCCUCCCGCAAGAACGCAGAGGCAGCCACUGAGCUGGACGCCAGCGUAUACGAGUACGACGCCGUCUACGACUCGCUCAAGCCGCAAAAGAACAAGUCAAAGGAGGACGAGGAGCGGAAGCCAAAGUACAUGAAGAACCUCAUGAAGGCGGCCGACGUGCGGAAGCGAGACCAGCUGAUUGCCGAGGAGAAGAAGAUUGCGCGCGAGCGCGAGGCCGAAGGGGAUGAGUUUGCGGACAAGGAAAAGUUUGUGACGGAGGCGUACAAGAAGCAGCAGGAGGAGAACAAGAGGAUCGAAGAGGAGGAGCGGCGGAGGGAAGUGGAGGAGGCCAAGAAGAAUGAGGGCACCGGCAUGACGUCGUUUUACAGGAAGUUGCUGGACAGGGAGCAGGAGAGACAUGCCGAGACGGUGCGGGCGGCGGAGGAGAUGGCCAAGCGAGGACCUGGCGAGAAGGCGGAUGGCGAGGAUGUGGGAGAUGCGGACGACGACGAUAAGGAGAAGCAGUAUGCCAGAGCGGCGCAGGAGCUCAACGAAAAGGGCGCCUCCAUCUCCGUCAACGAAGACGGCCAGGUGGUCGACAAGCGGCAGCUUCUCAAGGGCGGCCUCAACGUCGUCGCGAAGAAGCAGGUGGCGGUGCAAAAGGAAGCCGAGGAAGCGGCGGCCAGCCGGGGAUCCCCAGACCGGGACCGGCGGGAGCUCACGGGGAAGCAGCUUGGCCGGAAGCAGGCGAUGAGGGAGCGGCAGUCGCGGAUGCUGGCCGAGCAGCUGGAGGCGUCGCUCAAGAGGUCGCGCGAGGCGCAGGAGGUCAAGAGGGAGGAGUUGGAGAGGGCGGCCAAGACGCGCAAGACGGAGAGCGAGAUUAUGAGUGCGAGGGAGAGGUAUCUUGCGAGGAAGAAGGCGGCGGAGGAGGAGAAGAAAAAGGCUGCGGAGGCGGGGGGCGAGUGA